GCGAGAGGCCGGCGUCCCGCGGCUGAGGCGAGGGUCGGGUCGCGUCCGUCUCCCGCAGGCAGCGCGGCAGCGGGCAGUUAUGGGUGAUGAGUCAGUACCAUUUUUGCUGGACCAAGGAACCACUAAAACAUAUCAAAUACCUAUUGGUCAUCUGGACUACAAGUUCAUUGAAAAAUGCACAGAUGUUAAACACCUGGAAAAGAUUCUCAGGGUAUUAAGGUCUGGUGAAGAGGGAUGUUAUCCUGACCUUACAUUGUUUUGUGAAAAGCGUAUCGAGCAUUUAGAUCCAAGGAGCAGAGCUCUGAGAAGAGAUAAGCCUGCAGCCACAGCUUCUGAUUUCACAGCUGAAGAAUGGGAAACAAUUAAUGGUGAACUGAUGAGCUGGGUGACAGAAAUGAAUGAAGAUGAUAAGAAACCACAGUUCCUGAGAACAGACACACUGCAUGAAAGACAAGAUAACUUGCCUCCUAUUCGUUGUUCCAGCAGCUGUCUUCCUGCUAAUCAGAACAAAAAAUUACAAAACAAAGAAAGAAACAAGAAAAACAUACCACGAGAUUACAGUGAAUGGGACAAGUUCGAUGUGGAAAAGGAAUGCUCUAAAAUUGAUGAAGGCUGUGAAGAAAGUAACUCAAAAGCAAGAUUCUUUAGUAGGCCAAGUCUACCUAUAAUUGAAAAGAAAAUAGACACAACUGGAAUGACAAAGAAAGAGAAGAUUUUUAUUGCUACUCGUGAAAAAGAAAAGGGCAAUGAAGCCUUUGCCAGUGGCGAUUACAUGGAAGCAGUGAUAUAUUACACUCGGAGUAUAUCAGUAAUACCCACUGCAGCUGCAUAUAAUAACAAAGCUCAAGCAGAAAUCAAACUUCAGGACUGGGAUAGUGCUUUGCAAGAUUGUGAGAAGGUACUAGAUAUGGAACCUGUCAACGUAAAAGCUCUGAUGCGCCGUGCCACUGUACAUAAUCAGCUGCAGAAUUACCAGAUAGCUGUAGAGGAUCUGAACAAAGUACUGUGUGUUGAACCAGAAAACACUAUAGCUAAGAAAUAUCUGCUAGAGAUUGAAAAGAAACUGAAAGGUUUAAAGCCUGUAUCUGAGACUCAAGGCAAAGGAAAAAGAAUACUUAUUCAAGAUAUAGAGGAUUCAGAUGGUGAUGAAGAAAGAGGGGAAAAUACAGAGGAACAUGAAAGAAGCAGCAGAGAUAAAAAAAUUGUCGUGCCAGUAAGAGGAGAGGCGGCUGGUGGGGAGGAGGCCAUGGGGAACGCGCAGAGAAAGUUUCAUAGCAAAGGAGGAGGCAGUAAGGCGGAGGACGGAGAGACACAGAAGCAGAAGGAAUCCACUGAGAGCAGAUUAAAAAAAGGCACAACAGAGAAAAAAACACAGAAGCGUUUGCCAGACCGUGAAGGGGAAGUUAAUGGCUAUUUACACAGUGACCAAAAGAGUGAAAGCCCUGAAGCUGAGGAGGUCUCCAGAUCGCACGGAGCAGGGUCUCAGUCGGCUGGUGGUGGCCGUUCUACUUCACUUCCUCCUACUGCAGCAAAACUAAAAAGUGAAGGAAACGAGUUAUUUAAGAGUGGACAGUUUGGAGAAGCCGUGCUCAAAUACUCGGAAGCAAUUGAAUAUGUCAUUGGUCUAGGAGAACAAAGUCCAGAUGAUUUAAGUAUCUUGUACUCAAACAGAGCUGCGUGUUACCUCAAAGAAGGGAAUUGCGCUGACUGCAUUCAGGACUGUAACAGAGCUCUGGAGCUUCAGCCAUUUUCCCUUAAGCCUCUUCUACGACGAGCAAUGGCAAAUGAGUCUAUGGAGCGGUAUCGACAGGCAUACAUUGAUUAUAAAACAGUCCUACAAAUAGACAGCAGCAUCCAAGCAGCAAAUGAUAGUGCUAAUAGAAUAACAAAGACUUUAAUUGAUCAAGAUGGUCCCAGUUGGAGGGAGAAACUGCCACCAAUUCCAGUGGUCCCAGUUGCUGCUCAGCUACACAGGUGGGAUGGAGGAAACUUUACUUCAGAGAAUAAGCCAAGAAGUACUACAGAUAUCAACAGAGAAGAACAGUUGCAGAUGAAUCGUGAGAAAGCUGAGGAGAAGUUCAAGACAUUAAAAAAUGAAGGGAAUGAUUUUGUAAAAAAGGGUAAAUAUGAAGAAGCUGUAAAUAAAUACAGUGAAUGCAUGAAGUUAAAUAACGAGGAAUGUACGAUCUACACUAACAGAGCUCUCUGUUACUUGAAACUGUAUAAAUAUGAAGAGGCUAAGCAGGAUUGUGAUCAUGUUCUUCAGAUAGAAGAUUCUAAUAUUAAAGCUUUUUAUAGAAGAGCACUAGCGUACAAAGGAUUACAGAAUUAUCAAGCCAGUGUUGAUGAUUUCAACAGAGUACUUCUAAUAGAUCCAAAUGUUCUUGAAGCAAAAAAGGAACUAGAGGAGGUAACCCAACUGCUUAACCUUGACAGCAGUGCUGUAGCUGGCAGUCAACAAAAGCAAAGGAAGAAAAUAACCAUACAAGAGGUGGCUGAAUGUGAUGAACAGGAAGAGAGACAGUUUGCUACAUCAGAUGUUGUGACUGAUCAUGUUACUUCUGAGGAAGCAGUUCAAAAGAGUGUGCCACUGAAGACCUCUAAGAAACUGCAUAUUUCUGAACCAUCUAAUGCUUACGACUUUGGUCAGAUUAUAAAUGCAGUGAAUAGCAAUAAGGAUAAAGCUGCUUGUGCAGAUCUUUUAACAAUUACUGAUCCAAAAAAAUUGCCAGUGCUGCUAAGUAACAAACUUGAAGGAGAAAUGUUUUUGAUUUUUAUCCAGUCGUUGGAGUAUUAUAUAGUUGGAAAAGAUCCUGGCCUUGUAUAUCAGCACCUUUUCUACUUGAGCAAAGUAGAAAGAUUUAAGGUGGUGCUGGCCCUUCUUAGCAAAAAUGAAAAAAAACAGGUUCAGCAACUGUUUGACUUGCUUUCAGAAAACCAGAAUAAUCAGUACUCUUUGGAAGACCUUGAGAGCCUUAAAAAGGUUUAUGAACUUUAAGAAGUUAAAAUUUAUUGGUUGCAUGCAUGUAGUUUGUGUUUAUAAGAUGGAUGUGUGAACUCUGUAGACUUGCAUGGGUUGAAGUGGGUCUUCACCCGGACUGUUUGAGUUCUAUUUUGUUUUGACAGCAUGUGCACAUUUAAAACUUGCUGCUCUUUUUUUCCUCUAGUUGUAUACAUUUUUAAUCUCUAGAAUUUAAUGCAUGUCUUUGUGUUCAGUAACAAAGUUCAUGUUACUUGGCAUACUGAUUUUAUUUAGGCUGUGUUAAUUAUAUAUAUAAAAAUAUAUUUUACAUUAUAUAUAUAAUGUGAAAUAUCUUGAUGGUACAAUAGAUAAUACACUUUUACUCAUCGCUUGUUAUAUCAUUUUGUGAGUUGUAUCUUCUUGUGAUAAAGAAGUGUAAGUGUCUUCAAGAUAAACGGGUCAGUUAGCAAUAGCUUUGCUAAAAUGAGUUUACAAAAAGUGUUAAAUUUUUUAGAUAAACUACUACAGGCCAUCUGUUUCUUCACUAUCCCUGGUCUAUACAAAACAGAUUUAAGUAUUUUUGGUGCAAUACAGCUUAGCAGCAAAGGUGAAUGACUAAUAUAUUAGCUUGCCAUGGAACACUUGAAUCAAAAUAAUUAAUUAUUAAAUAAAUGGGUAUGUUUUUAAAAUUAUUAACAAGGGAGUAAUUUUUAGUGCACAGAGAAUUAGUUUUAUUCUGUGUGCAUGGAAGGACUGCUGGUUUGCGUGGCUUUUGAAGUGACUGUGAUAAACAGGAGAACAAGUGGCUGUACUUAGCAAUAAAAAUAUUUAAGUCUUAAGUUUUGUAAUCAGAUUAUUUAAAACACCAGCUAUUUCUGUUUACAGACAUAUUUAUAAAGCUAAAAGUAAACCCAUUUUGUGGACCAGGAUGAUUUUUUUUUUUCUUAUUUCAGGCAGUACUUAUGUUUUAUAUUUGAUUCUGACAAAGCUCCUUUUUUCAAGAUUGAAGCUUUUAAAUUUUUCAAAUACCCCAAUGCCUUCUUUGCACACACGAUAUAAGUGUAUAUCUUAACUCACUAGCACUGCAGAAAUAUCAUUAAGAAUGUUGUUCUAAUGAAAAUUUUUUUCAGGUGUAUAUUAAUUAAAAAAAAUAAAGUUUUUUGUCUUGAAAAGUA